UUCUCAAUGUUUAGAGUAUGUUUGAAACUUAUUUGAAACACCUCAUAAGAUUCAAGAACUCAUCCUAUUCUUGAUCCACUUUUCGUAAUUCAGACAACAAAUUUUCAAAUUUAAAAAAAUUCCACUUAAGUCAACACAACGUUUUUUAAGUUGACCAGCGCCGACUCAGUUGACGACUCAUAACGUGAUCCGAGUUAACCCAGCUAUGUCCAUUUGUAAAAGGGUAAAAAAAAAAACCCAAAUAUAAUUCAUCAAAAUUAGCUCUUUCCAAGUAAAUGUAAAAUUUAUCAUCAUUCUCUACCAAGAAGAUGAUGAGAAGAAGAAAAAUCAGGGCUUCGAAGAACCCAGUUAAAUUAAUCUGCAUAAUCGUCACCGUUUCAUUCAUCAUCGUUCAAAUCAUCUCAGCACUUCUUCAGCUCACCUCAACAAUCUCCUCUUCCCCCAAACCAGUAAUGAAACCCUCAAUCGGCGAAUUGGGGGAAACGGUGAUCGGAAUGUUACCUGAAGAUCUCGCUUUCACCCUGUUUCUGCCGUCGGAAGAAGCGUUCCGGCGGGACUUGAGGUUGGACCGGAACGACAGCGAUUCCUACGCAACGCUGACGCGAGUGUUGGGAUUUUCGGCGGUGCCGCGGUGGAUUAGUACGGCGGAUUUGGAUUUGGAUUUGGAUUUGGAGAGAGUGUACGGUUCGAUAUCGGGAUUCGAUUUGGUUGUGAGCAAGGAUUUGAAGGGAAGAGUGGUGGUGAACGGAGUUGCUUCGGAGAAGAAGGGUUUGAGAAAGGGGAGUGUGGUGGUGUAUGUUAUAGAUGGGGUUUUAAUGGAUGCUGAAUUUCGCCAGUCGGUGCAGCCUGACGACGACGAUGACGACGGAUGACCAGUGAAGAUGAUUAUUUUUUUCUUUUUCUUUUUUUUUUUUUUUUUUUGGCAAUGAGAAAUUCUUUUGACUUUA